AUGAUAAAGAAAUCGGUCAUAAAUGAAAUAAUAGAGUGUAUCAGGAAAGUGCCUUGGAGCGCUGCACUUCCCAUUCAACAGCUUCGCAUUUACCAUUGCCAUAAAAUCACCUACACUAUGAAGGAUCGGUGGCAGUGAAGGCUACUGAAUGCAAAUGGCAGACUCAAAGGGAGAAAUUAAAUCUGAUAAUUAAAUAUUGCUGGACAGUCAGAUUACAGAUUAUCUUACAGAUUUUCCCAAAUGAUCUUUGCUCGAUAUGCAUCACUGUGAAAGGUCCGUAGUCCGCCUUAUAUGUAAAAAAAAAUCGCUCUAGAGAAAUGAAAAUAAAUAAAGAUGCGGUAAGAGUAUACAGACUUCCUUUAUCACUGACGACAGAAGUCGCGUAACUGCAGCAUUCGAACUUGCUCCAACGGCACUGUAAACGCACCAGUUGUUUAGAUCUCGCUUAGCGUACGUACUGCCAGGGAACCUUGUUUUCGAACCACGCGGCGAACAUGGUCUCCGGGAUCCGCGCUGCCCGAUGUCGGAAGCCAAGCGGCAAGGCGCGUGUUUCCCGAAUCUAAUGGUAGAGGUCGUUACGAAUGUCGCAAAUGGUUUAGUUAAAUGCGAGACUAAUUGAGAAGAGAAUAUAAAAAACGAUGUUUAAGAUUGAGAGAUAAAGGACUGCAGUAUUAACAAAUUCAGAAAAAAAAAACUAAGUCGGAUUGAUUGGACAUUAAAAGUAGGCUGAGAGAGAAAAACGAUUUAGGAAAGUAACACAAUAAUACGGUAAUUGUUUUGUUUUCCCUAAGAAAUCAAAAUGCAGUAGAGCCAAGAUCCCAUAGCUAAAGCCUAGUGACGAGGCUCCAAAUGACAACAAGCAAGGCAUGUAACAUUAGAAGAAGAAGCAGCAGAAGAAGGAACGCUUGCACUGGAGUCAUCAUGCCCCAGCCUCCGGUUGCUAGUCCCAUCCAACCGACGGACAUUCAGCUGACAGGGGCGCCAUUUAUAUUCAGCACGAAAUACAUACAGACCGCCAGCGGGGCACUCAAUCUCGUAGAAACGUGCCUGGCGGUGGUGCUGUUCCACUCGCUCUGCUCUCACUCCGAGGAGAGCCUGUCCGAGGCGCUGUUCAUGGUGUCGUUCACCUACUCCAUCGCUGGCAUCUACCUGCUCCUGAACGGCACCUGCAACCAGACGCAGCAGCCUGCUGGCUCGUCCAGGCAGCCAUCGACUCUGAUUCUGAUACAGCUACUCGUCUUCCACUGUGCCGGCAGCAUCGCCUUCCUUGCGUGUGGUUGCUACGUCCUCACCCGGCAUUUUGGUGUUGCCAGGGCCAUCGUUGCAGGCACGGUGUCCGUGGUGCAGGCGUGCGUACACCUCUCGCACGCCCUAUACAUCUACAGGGGCGACUUCCAACGAUGGCUCGACAGCGUGUGAGCUCGCCCUCGACACCUAGCUGCGGUCGACCGCCGCCUAAUCGAAGCUGGGCUUUCACCUGCCAAGCUGAAUUUUCCACACGCACUACGCUCAA